AUGGCCUACCACACGGAAGCUUUGGUUGUAUCUGCAGUGGGGAACGAGCCCCGAUUAAGCCCCGUCAUUCUAGAUACCCUACGGGACGAUGAGCUCUUGGUUGAAAUGCACGCUACGGGCAUUUGUCAUACGGAUGUUGCUUGCAUGGAGGGCAAGUUGCCGACAGGGUUUCCUUGUGUUUUGGGACAUGAAGGUGCUGGGGUGGUUCUCCGGACAGGGAAGGGAGUCAAGGAUGUUAGCGAGGGCGACAAGGUCAUCCUUAGCUACAACUUCUGCACGGGCUGUCAGCAAUGCCUGUGCGGCCAGCCUGCGUACUGUGACAAUUUGGUAGCGCAGAACUUUGGCGGCAAGAGGCCGGAUGGAAGCAGAACCAUACGCCUUCCCAACAGCGAACAAGAGGUGUUUGCCAAUUUCUUCGGUCAAAGCUCUUUUUGCCGUGUUGCCCUAGUCAAUCGUGCCUCGGUAGCUCGCGUUGCAGCGGAUACCCCGCUAGAUAUAUUUGCCCCCCUGGGGUGUGGGGUGCAAACCGGGGCAGGCGCAGUCCUUAACACCCUCAACGUGCAGGAGGGUACUUCGGUGGCAGUGUUCGGAGUGGGCGCAGUGGGCCAGAGCGCUAUUAUGGCAGCGCGGCUCCGAGGAGCAAGCAUUAUCAUCGCUGUGGAUCUAGAGGAUUCACGACUGGAGAUGGCGCGUGAACUAGGAGCAACUCAUACACUACUAGGGUCAACCAACGUUUCGCAACAAAUCUCUGCAAUCUGCGCGCCUUCCAACGGGGUGGAAUUCGCAGUUGACUGCUCGGGGGUCACGCAGGUAAUCGAGACAAUGUUGGAUUCGUUGGCCACCCGUGGACGAGCCGCCAGCGUCGGUUCGCCGGCGCCAGGGAAGAGAGCAGGCGUAGAUGUGUUUGCCCAUCUAACGCUGGGACGAGAGUACGUAGGCUGUCACCAGGGGUCGAGUGUUGCUGAGCAGAUGAUUCCAUACCUGAUCGAUCAACACAAACAGGGCAAGUUUCCUGUGGAAAAGCUCAUUACAUACUAUCCGGUGGAGCACUAUCAGCAGGCAUUCCGAGACUUGAAACAUGGGCGAGCGAUCAAGGCGGUUCUACGGUGGAAGGAGGGGAGUUCGAAAUACCCAGACUCCAACUAG